AAACUUUCAAAUAACCUCAAGCCGCGUUUUUGUUGCGACGUAGACGCAACGAUUUCUUUACCUAACGUGAAGUUGGUGUAUGUGACAUUUGAGAUCGUUGAUGGAUUCACCGUACCGUACUUGGCACCUGGUUGGCUCGACCAUCAAAUUGUAUCUCACUCGCCCGCCUUUGUAUUGUGGAGCUUGAAGAUUCAUUUUGAAGCCUGUGUAUCAGUUUGUACCUUUGACAGCUGGAAAUGGCGUCAGCAGUCGACAGCUUCAAUAAAUUGCCAAUGUGUCGGGACUUUUGCCGCCUUUGCCUUGAAGAGGAAGAUGAUCAGUUUUUCUGGGACAUAUUCCAGGCUGUCGAUGAUGCUGGUGUCAAUUUAAGAUUGGUCGAAAAAAUUAUAGCUUGUCUAGAUAUUAUGGUACUUAUUGACGAUGGCAUUCCACACAAAAUAUGUGGCAAAUGCAUGACAGUUGUGCGAUCCUUCUUUGAGUUUCGGAAACAAUGCAAACUUAAUGAUGCCUCACUGAGAAGAUGUUUCAUCACUGCUAAUAAUGAAAACUUGCAUACUGAAAGAAUAGGUAUAAAUAACUCCUCCGAGUUGAGUCCUAGAGGGGUAAAUGAGUCUCCAAAACAGUGUGACCAAGCAGCAUUUCCAUGCACAGAGGGGUCAAAUGAUUCACUGUCUGUCACACAAGAUGUCUCAAAAGCAGUUCAGAUUCCCUCCAUUAAGCAAUUAGAAGAUGAGUGGUCAGAUGAUGAGCCAAGUGCAACAAGUACUGUAUUUCAAGGAGACUCCAUUGAAUUGAGGCUUGGAGAAACACAAGAUGUCUCAAAUGCCGUUCAGAAUCCCUUCCUAAAGCAAUUAGAAGAUGAGUGGUCGGAUGAUGACCACAGUGCUACAAGUACUGUAUUACAAGAAGACACAAUCAUGGAAUCACCUUGGAGACAAGAGGACCUCAUUGCUAAAGGAAAUGGCAGCUGUUUGGUUACAAGUAUUGGAAAUCUUGAUCCAGAUAAGAAGCUUCCUGAGAAGUGUGGUAUCGAUUCAGUUACCACUGCUGAGGAAAGGAAAGAAAGAGAAGUUUUGGAAUCAUCAGAUUUUAUUAGCGGUCAAGUUUCAACAGACAAAAAUUUCAUUGAAAAAUCUGUCUUGAUGUCGACAAAUGAAGAUAGUAGAAACAAUCAGGCAUGUCAGAUUGAAGACAAAAACAUGUCAGCACCAAAUGAUGGCACCAGUACUUUAAAUGAGACUGCUGCAGUCGCAGAGGAAAUAUUGGGACGAAGGGCUUCCCGCAGUGUAAAGGGCAAAUGGGUUUGCAGUACGUGCAACAAGAAUUAUACAACGCUUAGAGCUCUAAAGAAGCAUAUUCUUACCCACUAUUCUGGUCAGUUCAUAUGCUCUGAAUGUCCAGCUUCCUUUGAAAAUGAGGAGGCAUUAAGUAUACACAAAGCCAAGCAUUCCACUUCAUCUCUUUAUCUUGGUUAUUCAUGUGAGCAUUGUUUUAAGAUGUAUCGUUUGAAAUCUAUGUUGGAGCAACACAUCACCACAGAGCAUAUGCUCCCAAAUGAUUGUGUCACUAUACCAGGGAAAUUCCUUGAGAAAUGUGGAAAAUGUGGAAAGAACUUUUCUUCUUCGACUGAAAUGGAAGCCCAUGACGAUUCAUGUGGCGAUAUGUCCAUCCAUUCUGAGGAUGACUCAUCAGAUGCGGCUUCCAUCGAACAUUUAACUAAAUCAAAGGAGUGUACUCUGUGCAAAUUAAAUUUUGAGAACAUGCCUCAAUUGACCUUCCAUUUGAAGAAAAUUCAUAAUAUACAGCCAUCAUUUAGAUGUGAGGUAUGUGCAAAAGUGUUUGAUACUUACCCAAAGUUAUCAGAUCACAGAAGCAAAGUACAUAUAGUGAAACAUUCCUGUGAGUAUUGUAAGAAAAAAUUUAGAGAAAAAUCAAAACUAAGACGUCAUAUUAAAUUACACGAAGAGGAUCAGCUUUAUCAAUGCAAUUUAUGUAGCAAGUCCUUCAGAACCAUAGGAACCCUACAGUCACAUCAAAAGACUCAUACCAAACCUUUUCAAUGUGGCGAUUGUACUAAAAAAUUUCGUAAUAGAUACCAAUUAAACUUGCAUAAAAAUGCUACACAUCGAGGCAUCAAAGAUUUCAUGUGUGACCGUUGCGGUGAAAAAUUCAUUUGCAAAACCCGUCUUAAACAGCAUGUAUCUAACUCAAUGAAACAUAAUUUAGAGUGUGAUAUUUGUGGAGAAAUGUUCUGCGUUAAGCAAAAAUUUCAGAGGCAUGUUAAAUGCCAUGACUCAACAAAUCUAUAUCUUUGUAAGAAGUGUGAUGCAAAAUUUCUUUCUAGUCAAGGUUUAUGUUCACAUAUGAGGUUACAACAUCCUCCCUUAUAAUUUUGUAUCUUGAAAUUUAUUGUGCUAAGCCCGUACUGAAUGAAUGUGAUUGAACAAUUAAUGUUCUUGACAACUACCGAAUUAACAUUUAAAAACUAAUAUUUGUAAUACAGUAAUCUGUGUAAAAUUAAGGUAACUAUUUUAUCUUGUCACUGUUAAACACAAACAACCUUUUUCUUUUGUAUUUUUGUCAGAAUUACAUAUUUUAAAGUUUCCUUCCUGAA